CCCCAAGAGGAGAGUGUCUUCUAGGAGAUCAAAGAGGAGGCCUUCGUGGUUGCCCAGUCCUAAUCUCCAGCUGCCCAGAAGGUGGAGUAAGGGACUCUGUGCAGAUAAGAAGCAGGCCAAUGAACAGAUGUGUCCACAUUCACCCGACAGCUCCAUGGCUUUCCUCUGCUAGCGACUGUGCUGGGUGCUCCUACUGGUCUUACUGUGUAUGACAGUAUCAUAUUUAGAGCUGAAAUGACCCUCAAGAGAAAGAGAAAAGAGGAGGAAGGUGGGGCAUUGCCAGGCACUGAAGAAGGAGACUAGGAGUCUUUUCAGCUCUACUAGAGCAAACACUGGGAUUGGUAUGAGAUGUCCUUGGAAAAGGUGUAAAGAGCUCCAGAAAUUUUCCUGAGGUUGUCCCCCUUAACAUUGGAGGGGCUCACUUCACCACACGCCUGUCUACUCUGCGGCGCUAUGAAGACACCAUGCUGGCGGCCAUGUUCAGCGGGCGGCAUUACAUCCCCACAGACGCCGAGGGCCGGUACUUCAUUGACCGGGAUGGCACCCACUUUGGAGAUGUGCUGAAUUUCCUGCGCUCAGGGGACCUGCCGCCCCGGGAGCGUGUACGGGCUGUGUAUAAAGAGGCCCAGUACUAUGCCAUCGGGCCCCUCCUGGAGCAGCUAGAGAACAUGCAGCCUCUGAAGGGGGAGAAAGUGCGCCAGGCAUUUCUGGGACUCAUGCCCUAUUACAAAGUGAUGGGUGCUGUGUUCACCCCACAGACCAUUUGGAGCGGAUUGUGGAGAUUGCCCGGCUGCGUGCGGUACAGCGGAAGGCCCGCUUUGCCAAGCUCAAGGUCUGUGUCUUCAAGGAGGAGAUGCCCAUCACCCCCUACGAGUGUCCUCUUCUCAACUCCCUGCGCUUCGAGCGGAGCGAGAGCGAUGGGCAGCUCUUUGAGCACCAUUGCGAAGUGGAUGUGUCUUUUGGGCCCUGGGAGGCUGUGGCUGAUGUUUAUGACCUACUGCACUGCCUGGUCACGGACCUCUCAGCCCAGGGCCUCAUCGUGGACCACCAGUGCAUUGGGGUGUGUGACAAGCACCUCAUCAACCACUACUACUGCAAGCGCCCCAUCUAUGAGUUCAAGAUCACAUGGUGGGAUAGUUCCACGCUUUGUUUUGGGAUGUGGAAAGACUCUGCCUCCUGAAACAUAUCCUUCACCACCUUUUGGAGAUGCAACCAUAGUUGCCAAAGCCAUGCACCAGGUUGGCCUUAGAAAAGCACAAUGUUUACAGCCCUGCCUUAGGGCCUUGGCUUCUCCUACCUUCCACCAACCUUCCUUGCUUGAAGGGUUAUCUUCUCAGGGCUGUAAUGCAGAUUUCAGAGGUUCCUUUUGAAGAUUCCCUGAGUCAAGCAGGCAAGUUGCAUAGAUCUUCUGUUGUCUAUGAGAUGUAACAUCCUUUCUGGAGGCUCAGAAUCUCUUUGGCUGCCAUUUCAUGUGUUAGCAUCCAAUCUGUGGUGAACCUCUGUAGAUAGGAACCCCACUCUUUUUUAAACCCUGCUGCUUUAUCCUGCUCACGUUCUCCUAGGAGAGUGUCUGUUCUGAGGAAGCAAAGAAAGGGUUGGGUGGGAGGCACAGCUCUACCAGGAGCUGUAGGAUGAUCGCAGCAAACCUCCAUCACGUUCUGCUCCCCACAUCUCAGAGAGAGAAAAGGAUCCACAAGGUUCUGCUCCCACUGCAUUUUCUUCUUGCUCCAUCUGCAGACUAGGGCAGUUAAGCAGGCUAUGGACGUGCAUCUCCUAAAGGAAGAGCUAUGCAGCACCAGCAAUUGGAACAUAAUAUUUCUGUGCUGCAUUAAGGGCUUCUCCCUGUAAUCACGACUCUGCUUGACUGUGCUGGGUGUUUGGUAGGGAGAUUUUUUUUUUUUUUUCUUUUUAUGUAAAACACUGGUGAGGACAGCCUCACUGGUCUCAGUCCUACAAGACCAGAUUGGCGAGGUAGGGCGAGGGGGAACGGAAGAUGUCUGCAUCCUUCUGAGGAAGAGAAGCCCAAGUCCUGGGACCUUGCCAAACUCCUUCAUGGGGCAGUGACCUCCUGGCCCCCUGUGGAACAGGGGUUCCGGGGCGUGGCUUUGCACUCACGUUGUGUGGUGGAACAGAGGUACAGACUGAGAUCUGAGAGGAACGUGCAGUCAGUUGUUCAGGUUCAGAGAUAAGUGUUCUCUCUAUUGUCCUCAUCCACAAAUGAAUCAUCACUAUUCUGGAGUUGAUGUCCGUGCUUGAAGCUUACUCCCAACAACAUGGCUCUUGUCUUAUUCUAACAGAAGUCUUUCGCUUAAGUUGGUCCGAUAGGUGUUACUGCCUAAUGCAAAUUCAUUUUUGGACAGACACUGAGGCAAGCUAUUCAGGAGAAGGGCGGUGUGAGUAGAAAGGAGACAAUUACUCCCAGUGCUUUCAGUUAUCUGGCCUAGGCUCCUUCUCGUUCCCACCCCUGGCACAGAGCAUCACAGUACCUUGGUUAUUUAGAGUCCAUACAUGUAAGAUAGAGUGAUUGGUAGGCUCAAAUGCAAGUUUGCUCAAAAAUAGGCCCUGAAGACUAGCUUGGGGCUUCAGGGAUGCUAGAUAAGGACACUGUCCCCAGGCCCCUUGCUAGAGACACUCCUCUGGACCCCUCUGGCCCUGUGUUGUCCUCACAGUGGUGUACUUUAUGCCACUGUGGGAGAGACAAGGCUCUGGGCCAGUAGACCAGGCAGAGCAGGGAUACUGCAGCCAGCUUAUAGCUCUUUUGAAAUGAAGUAAAAGAAUUCAGUGGCCCAAUUUGGCCAUUCUCUGAUGAGAAGCCAAGGCCAAGAUGAAGAGUGCUUUUGGAUGCGGUGGUUUGAGGUAAUGGCCUCCAAAUAAAGGUCAUAUCUGAGGAAGUGACUUCUCCCAGUUGGAUCCCUUCUCAACUCUAAAUGGUCAGGUCUAGAGCAUAAGAAGGGGUGGGUUAGGAAGGAGGGCUCCAAAGGAUGAAUGCUUCUACCCAAUCGAAAGGGAGUAUAUUUUCAUAGAAUUCUUGUGCAUAACGUUUAUGGGUCAAACCAAGUGCCUGCCUUUGGAGCUUCCAUUAUGUUUGACUUUGGGCACCUUUUCUCCCAGGUGUCAUGCUCACUGGUUGGGAAGGUGAAAGGUUUAGGAGAUAGGAUUGUAUGGUGCAAUAGCAGCCAUAACAAAAUUCAACAAAAAUGAAAAACUUAAUGGCAACAAAAAAGAUUGAAACAAAACCACAAUGAAACACAUCACAGCAUCCCAGAUGGAGGAGUUCUUUGGGUAAACGCUCUAAAUAGAAGAAAUAGAGGAACCGUCACCAUCCUUAUUCUACCUUUGGUUAACUCACGAGGCUGUCCAGUGCUUAUCAUGUGGAAAGCAGUCAACUGUGCUCUGAAAGCUUCUGUUCUUUCUUCCCGGGGCUUAGGAUAUUCUGGUUGCUGUCUGAGCCUUCUGCCUCAGGCUGUUCAAGUGACAUAAUCUUCCUGUUCUGGGUUGCUUGUUGGAGGACUAGAAGAAUGACAUUUGCAAGCCACAAGGUGGGGUGAGCCUCAGUGUGCAAUCUUGGUCUAAGCUGGAUCCUGAAGAGGUUAAGACAAAUAACAACAACAAAACAAAAACUACUUACACUGAGCAUUUUGAUCCCAGUUAGAAUUUUAAAUAUCCUUCUGCAUACCUUCUGUCCAUAUUUGAUUCUAAGUGAUUAAGCUUUCUUAGGUACCUUUUUGCUGGGGCUCUUUCAUGUGAAGGUAGUACCUGCCUUGUGAUCCUUAAAAGAGGGAGGCUUUAAACAUCAGAAGCCGGAGCGUGGGGAACUGGAGUGGAAGAGGCACUUUUUGGAAUUCUGGAAGAAACAUAUAUGUAUACAUAUGUUAAUUGGGAGAAGGGUGGGUUGGCAGGGGUUGAGGAGGUGGGAACAAAGACUGGGUAUAGGAACAGGUUGCCUCUGGAGUAUGGGAGGUCACCUGGGUCCACUGUCUUCCUUCUGUAUGGUGUUGGGUUUGUGUACAUGGCAUAACACUUCCUAUGUUUGUUCACUACUUGUUUGUAAGCGCUUUGGUGCAUGGAGCCCCAGUACCCUCACAUGGCAUUAAAGUAAAGAAUUAGAAUCUG